CCGUCAGUCUGGCGGGGCGGCGGGGCGGGCGGCUUGCGCUUGCGCGGUUCCGCCGGUUUCCCCUCUUGUGCGUGCUGCCGGGCUUGGCGCUGAGGGGGCGGCCGGGCAACACGUACGCACGCCCUCCAGUGCUCGCGGCAGCUCGCCCCCACACGUUCGUCCCGCCGGCCCGAGGAGAUGUUGCGGGUUUAUCAGCUAACGGGCCUGAGCGCCGCCGCCCAGAAUUGCCUCUGCAGAAAAUUUAUACUCCGUCCCUUGAGACCAUGCCGUAGAUAUUCUACAACAAGAAAUUCUGGACUUUCUGCAGGCAAAAUUGCUGGAGCAGGCCUCUUGUUUAUUGGUGGUGGUGUUGGUGGAACUAUUCUGUAUGCUAAAUGGGACCAGCAUUUCCGAGACAGUAUAGAGAAGACCAUCCCUUUUUCUGACAAAGUCUUUGAGAUGGUCCUUGGUUCUCCCCAGGCAGCGCAAUUGCCAAAAAAGCCGCCUGGUCCACUAAAAAUUGCUACUAUGUCAGAAGUAAUGAAAGAUUCUAAACUCCAAAAACAAAAGGGAGACACUCCAAGUUCUUCAACUAAAGAUGCUGCUAGAUCUGUCCCAUCUCCUGCUGAGCAGCGUGAAGAUUUUGUCCAAGUACCUCCACUUGAACUACUAGAAGGAAAACUUAAGCCAUACGUUACAGAGGAGAAACAUGAGUAUGCAACUUCAUCUUCUAAAAAAGAGCAACUCUCAGAAGAGUUUGAGGAUUUCCGGGGCCAGCAGGAAGCCGAGGAGCGGGAGAGAGUGAUCAAGUCUCUGGCCAAAAACUUGGAAGAUUCUUUAAACCGCACUGCUCAGAUCACCCGGCAGGCAAUCUCGGCCCAGAAUGCUGCCGUCCAGGCCAUCAACAGUCACUCAAACAUGUUGAAGAAAGCAAUGGACAAUUCCGAGGUUGUGAAUGAAAAAUCAGUGCAGUGGCGAUCAGUGGAGGAUGCCUUGAAGGAUCGAAGAAAAGCUGUCAAUGAAGCCACUGAUGCCCUUCUGAAAGCCAAAGAAGAGUUAGAGAAAACGAAGGGUGUCAUUGAGAAUUCCAAGAAAAGAAGCGAGCUCGCAGGAUCCCAGACUCACAUAUCUGCUGCAGAAGAAAAUCUUCAGAACAUGAUCGUUGAUCUGGAUAAUGUGGUCAAAAAGGUCCAGGCGGCUCAGUCUGAAGCCAAAGUCGUCACACAGUACCAUGAGCUGGUGACCCAAGCCCGGGAUGAGUUCCAAAGGGAAUUGAAUAGCAUCACCCCAGAUUUACUUCCUGGUUGGAGCGGGCUCAAGAUCUCAGAUAUAGCCGGACAGCUGUCCACUGAUGAUCUCAAUGCCCUCAUUGCACACGCCCAUCGCCGCAUCGACCAGCUGAACAGGGAGCUGGCGGAGCAGAAGGUCCGCGAGCAGCAGCACAUCGACAGCGCGCUGCAGAAGCAGAAGCUGGAGGACGACAAGGCCUUCGAAUCCGCCGUGGCCAAAGCGCUCGAGCGCCACCGGAGCGAGAUACAGCUGGAGCAGGACCGAAGGGUUGAGGAAGUCCGAGAUUUGAUGGAAGCAGAAAUGAGGACUCAGCUCCGUCGCCAGGCCGCUGCCCACACUGACCACCUGAGGGACGUUCUCCGGAUCCAGGAGCAAGAGCUCAAAUACGAAUAUGAGCAGGGCUUGUCUGAGAAACUCGCCGAGCAGGAGCUGCAGUUCAAGCGCCUCAGUCAGGAGCAGGUGGACAACUUCACCCUGGACAUAAACACAGCUUAUGCCCGGCUCCGAGGGAUCGAGCAGGCCGUCCAGAGUCACGUGGUAGCCGAGGAGGAGGCCCGCAAGGCGCACCAGCUCUGGCUUUCUGUGGAAGCCUUAAAGUACAGCCUGAAGACUGCCUCGGGCGACGGUCCCACGAUCCCCCUGGGCACGGCAGUGGAGGCCAUCCGCAUUAACUGCUCCGACAACGAGUUUGCCCAGGCCCUGACCGCAGCGAUCCCCGCCGAGUCCCUGAGCCGCGGCAUCUACAGCGAGGACACCCUGAGGGCGCGCUUCCAGCACGUCCAGAAGCUGGCGCGCAGGGUGGCCAUGAUCGACGAGACCCGCAACAGCUUGUACCAGUACUUCCUCUCCUACUUGCAGUCCCUGCUUGUUUUCCAGCCUCAGCAGAUCAAGCCCCCGGCCAAGCUCGUCCCCGAAGACCUGAACACGUUCACGCUGCUGUCCUACGCUUCGUACAGCAUCGAGCACGGCGACCUCGAGCUGGCCGCCAAGUUCGUCAACCAGCUGAAAGGGGAGUCGCGCCGGGUGGCCCAGGACUGGCUGAACGAAGCUCGCGUGACCCUGGAAACCAAGCAGGUCGUGGACAUCUUGACCGCGUACGCCAGCGCCGUGGGCCUCGGGACCACCCAGGUGCAGCAGUGAGGGCGCCAGGCCUGAGCGCGGCCCCCGCGCUCUCCUGUACGCACUUGUCCCGUGUCCAGAGAGAUCCGCCACGAUGUCUUGGAGGGCUGUGCGGCAAGGCUCCCGGGGGCAGGGCUGGGGGCCAUCUUUGCCCUGUCACCCCCCGCCUGCUGCAGCCUCCGUUUCCAAUUACUAUCAUGUCAGCCACCUCCAGGCACUUUCCUUCACACCUUGUCUAACAUUGGACGUUUUCGGGUAUUACUGAUGGGGCUUUCGAUCCAAUCAAGAUAAUGUUUGUGAUCCCGACCACUAUUGAUUUGGCCACUUGGAGCAAACUGAAUAAAAUAGUGAAAAUUA